AUGAAGAUUAAUGGAAAAGUAGCCAUUGUCACAGGUGCUUCAUCAGGCUUUGGCAAGAUGCUUUCACUUCGACUUAUUUCAAGUGGUGCACGAGUUGUAUUGGGAGAUAUUUCUGUAGCAGCAGGUCAAGAGCUCUUAUUGCAACUCAAUUCAAGAUCUCCUGCAUCUGCUAUAUUCGUAAAAUGUGAUGUAACAAAAGCUGAAGAUUUAAAGCUAUUGUUUGAUUCUGCACGUAAAGCAUUUGGCCGGAUUGAUUCAGGAAUUGUUGAAAAGGAGGAGUUUACCAAGGACUUGAAGGAUUCAUGGAAAUCAGUGAUUGAUAUCGACUUGACGGCAGUGAUUAUGGGGACACGCAUGGCGAUCAGCGAAAUGGUCAAGCAACCCAAGAUCGAUGAUGCAGUACUUUGGCGUGGUGCCAUCAUAAAUACAGCAUCUUUGGCUGGUUUAUAUCCACAGUCACAGCAGCCUAUUUAUGCUGCGGCAAAAAGCGGAGUAGUGAAUUUUACAAGAUCUUUGGGAUACUUGUUUACUGAGCAGGGAAUUCAUGUCAACUGUAUCUGCCCGUCCUUUUCAGAUACUCCAAUCCUGAAUACAUUGCUUGGAAAAUCAGUGCCAAGUCAUAUGAAAGUUCCCAUCAGUCUUGUUAUUGAUGCUUUUAUUCUAGGUAUUGAGGAUCAGUCAUUGAAGGGAGAUGUGAUUCGUGUAACACCCGAAUAUGGAAUAGACAUUGUAGGUAGACGCAGGAAAUCUAAACUAUAA